AUGGUGAGCUAUGAACAGCUUGGUUCUCUGCCUCAGAAAGGCUCGCAGAACCCUGUAGUGAACCAGAAGCUCGAAGCGAUUGCCAUGUUCAGCCUAGACGCGCCACUGGCGCCUGCAAUUGAUGCAUUCGUAGACCCGGAGAACGAUGAUGCCGCGCAAAAGACAGGACUUAACACCGUCGUGAUGCAGGUGCAUCGUCAUGUUAGCAUGGAGGCGCUCAUUCAGGCAUUAGGAGCCUACCUCACCAACGGGGACGACAAAGUUCGAUCGCGUGCCACGUUGUUGUUGGCUGAGGUGCUCACGCGCCUCCCAGAACUGCAACUCACGCCCAGCGCCGUGCAACUGCUCAUGACUUUCUUCGCCGACCGCCUAGCUGACUUCCCCAGUGCCUCCGCUUGUCUCCGUGCACUUCUCGCAUUGGAGACGCAUCAUGCAGCGCAGGUUCAGUCGCCACGCACCACUGUAGCGCUCAUCCCGAAGCUCGGCAAGACAUUGCACAUUCCACAGCUUGGCCAGGCUAUGCGUAAAAUGUGCUUCGACCUUAUGCAGCUUGCACUGAUGCAGUCGACAGUCGUUGAGCUACUGCUGGACUCGGUACCUGCCAGUAAAGACGCACAAGACGCCAGUGUAGAUGACGCGGAACAGAGCGAAGACCUCGGCCGUCAGCUCGCGCAGACGUUCCUGAGUGCCAUGGAGGGCGAGAAAGACCCGCGUAACCUGCUGCUGUGCAUGCAGGUAGCACGUACUUUGCUGUCCAAGCUGGAGCCCGUGUUCUCGCGCAGUGACACGCUGUUGCAGCAAUAUUUCGACGUUGUGUCAUGCUAUUUCCCAAUCAUCUUCACUCCUCCGCCUAACGAUCCGUACGGAAUCACGUCGGAGGGCCUCAUUUUGUCACUACGCCACGCCUUUGCAGCUUCGGACUUAUUAGCACCACUCGUGCUGCCGUUCUUGCUUAAGAAACUCGCUUCUACUGUAGUGGAGGCGAAGUUGGAUGCUAUACAGACGCUGGUGUUCUGCGGUGAACGCUACUCGGUGAAUGCAUUGCUACUGCAGAUGCACGCAGUGGCCACAGCACUGUACGACGAGGUUUUGGACGGCGAGAAGCAGGAGGUUAUCGCUGAAGCUCGUCAAGCCAUCUCGCGAUUCUCUGGAGUUGUUGCUCGUGCUAAGGCUCAAGACACGCCGGGGGCUGCCUAUGCGUGGAGUAAAUUCGUCGUGGAUAUGACCGCGCGUGCUGCAGGCGAGCUGCGUGAAAAUGCCGCCGACUCGAUGGUGAGCGUGUCGGCUGGACAGGUGUUGGCUGCGCUGGGACGCGAGUCGUCCAUGAGUUUUGCGCAUGUACUGAAGAUCGCAGUGCCGCUGUUGGUGGAGCAGCUAAACAACGAGAGCUCAGGAAGUGACAGCGUGCCGUCCAAGUGUGAAGCUGCUUUGGCGCGUAUUCUGCUGCUCAUCGACACGAUUGACAGGGAGAUCGACCAGUCUGGCCAAGGGCAGCCUAUGCGUCCCCAUGCAGCUGCGCUAAUUGACGCGCUUGUGAACUUCCUUAGCAGCGAUCACGACAACCAGACGAAGCCUGGCAGUAGCCCGACUGCUCGUUGUGUGGCGGUGGAAGCGCUUUGCCAUCUUCUCACCUUUCCGCCGUCGCCCAUUGUGGCUCCAGCGCAAGUCAAGGCGCUUAUCAACCUGUUUACUCGCAUGUUGCUUCUUGACCCCGUAGCGGAGGUUCGAACUGCCUGUUUGCAGAGUCUCAAAGAGAUUUCCACUGUUUCUACUGCGUCGGAAGGCUCAACAAACAGUGGGGAACACCCUGUCACCGGUGGAUAUGCAGCGUUUGUGGUGGAGAUUUCACUGGCUCGACUCAUGGCAGCCGUCAGCGAAGGAAGUGACCAGGAAGAUGACGACGACGAAGAAGGCACCGGGGUAGCAGCUGUUCUGACCGCCUCGAACCGCAACUUCGACUCGUUCUUCGAGGAAGCUCUCUUGGCAAUCACUGAGCUCUGUCGUGAGUCAUCUAUCUUCCAGGCUACCAUUUUUCUGCUCAUCGACUUGUGCGUGGAGAAGGGCGAUGGUAAGCAGAGUGCUAUCGGAUUCUGCGAGGCAGAAGGUGACGCUACCCGUCAGCGUCACGUGGAUUGCAUCCUGGAUGCUGUGGCUAAGAUCGUUGAGAUCAAUGCUGGAGACCGUACCAGCAUGGAGUUCUGUGUCAAGGCGUCGUCAUCUGCUUCGAUCAUCUUCAGACUGCUUACAGCAGUCGAGACGUUGGCAGCGCGCGCGACGGCGUCUUCAGGUUACAAGUCUGGACUUGUGGACGAAGUAAAACUCUCCGCUUGUGUUCGAAUCUUCCGUGCAGUGAUGCAGAACGUGUCCUCAGCUACUCAACAGCAGCUGGUUGAUGCUGUGGUGCCAGCAUUCCUGCGCACUAAUACUUCAGAGCCGGCAAGUCUGCAAUUCGUACCGCUUUUCGCUGCAGUCAUCAACUCAGCCGCGCGUGAUGUAGCGCUCCCGGACUCCUCGCUGGUCAUCAACAGAUUGCUGGAGCUUGCGCAGUCUGGAGCUACUGCGGUGUCUGAAUCCCCCCCUCGACAGCUCCAGCUUGUGUACACCGAUGCUGCUCUCUCCGCGGCCAAGUCGCUGGCUUCGAUCGUGAACAAGAUGUCGGAUGGCGCUGAGUUUGAUGCUCUGAUCGACUUGCUGUUAUCCCGGAAACUUGCCGUUGUUAUCAGUAACUCGGCCGAGUCGUUUACGGUGCGGGUGGCUGCACUGCAAAUCUAUGCCUGGAUCGCAAAGGCCUUGGUCAUUCGGGGUCACAAGGUUCACGCUCCAGUGUGUCUGCGCUUCCUCUGCAGCUUUCUUACGCCUGAUGGCGAUGUGAACAUGGAGCAAGAAGGUGACGACCAACACGCUGCUGCGUUGCGUAUGGAAGUUGCGAAGACCUUUAAGCUUCUGGUGUCUGAAUACCUGGACGUACUGAACCGCAAGUGUGGAGCUUUCAUCACGUUCCUGUACCGGCAGCGAUUGUUUGAUCUGGUGUUCCCAGUGCUGCUCGAGUACAUUCGAGCUCGCAUUGACGAGGAAUCGAGUGUAGCAGCUCUGGUAGCGUUCGCUCAAGUGAUCGCACACUCACCUAAGGCCAUCUACCUGCCACACUUGGCUCAGAUCUUCCCGCUUAUGGUACAAGCUCUCAACACGGACGACCGUGAGCUAGGUAGCGCAGCCAUUCAGACGUUUAAGCCGCUGCUUUUGGAGUCAGUGGAGAGCGCGAAGCCCUUCCUCAAGGACGUCUUCCCGGGUCUACUCAAGCAAGCACAGUUCGGGUACGUGGUCUCUUGUAGCGACAGUUAA